UGCUCCAAAUAUUGCCACUUUUUCGAUUGCGUCCUCUAACAGUUUAGAAAUGUGCUGAUCCCUCAGAGUGGGAAUUGAUGUUCAGUGUUACGAGUUGAACAGAGAUGCGACAUGGCGCCUGGUUAGUUUUGUUAGCUGCAGGAUGUCGCGAACGAUAAGAUAAAUUAAGAGAGUUUUAUAACCAUCUUGCACGAAUCACAGGGUUCAGCAUAAUUAUUUGUAAAUUCAAGGCUAAAAAGUAAGAUAGAAAGAUAGAUAAAUGAACACAAAGAUAUCAAUACAUAAACGAAAGAAUAAGAUCCGAAAGGGCACAAAUAAUAUACGAGAAAUAAAUAAAACGCAAGAGAGAAAUAAAUUAAAAUUAAGACAAGGAAGUAGCAGAAAGUAAAUAGAAUAAUGCAGACUGAAAAGAAAACAAAGUUUUGCUUAUUUUGACAGUUCAGCUCUUUGUUUCUUUAUGUAACACCUGCCAGUAGUUGUUCAGACUGCCCUGCAGUACGAAGAUGUCGGAGAAGUUGCUGCUACAUCACGGCGUACCCGUUAACUGCCACAGUUCGUAGUUAAGUCCUCAUUAACAUAACCUAUGCAUUUUUUCAAAAUUUUAACCUUACCGCAGAUACGAGAAACCUUGAGGCAAAGACAAAAUUCCCUCUGCGUCAUCUGUUUAGGGAAGGAUCUGGGGGGCACCAGAAAACAAAUCUGCGGGCAUCUGCGUGGCUUUCUCUGACUUCGCCUGCCUACUUUGUGUUUAUUUUUGGCACACGUAAAGAACUUUGUAAAGUGCGUUUCUGCCGACUCAGUAAUAAUACGUUCCUGAAAUUCUAUUAAUGCUUGGAUGUCGUACGCUUGUUUGCAGUCCACACAAUUCACAAUGCAAGAUCGUUGUCAAGUCACCAAGGAAAUAGAUUUCAACUCUCGACGCGUAAACGUAGCGUCACAUCGGGAACUGCACUCCUCUCACUCGACUUCUAUAAGCCUCUCCGUUUUCCUCACUCACAGCCUCGAAUGUUAAACAUAAAUAGUGACUAUUGGCCAAUUCAUAAUCUACUGAUACUUUUAAAACUAGUAUUGAAGAGACUAAUGGAUUGGCCGUGGCAAAAGUAGGAAUAGAAAUAGAACUUGUUUCUUCCUCUUGUGCACUGUGUCACAGAUUUUCCUUCGGAGUUUUGUAAAAUUGAGCAUAAAGAAUAAGACAGUUUGGCCUGGCCAUAAGCAACCAUAGAAGAGCUGGGAUGGUUUUUGAUGUACCUGAAGUGGAAUGGCAUCUAGCUUCGUCCGUGCAACUUCUAGCACCGAAAUUCACAUGUGGAUAUUUUCAUGUUACCCAGGCUUACCAUUUCUAAUUGAUACUGAAAUAUACAUAUUAUAUUUGGUUGAAGGAACUGAAUCAAAAAUUGGCAUUAAAGGAAGAGUUAGCAUCAAAACGUAUUGACUGUGAGAAAGACUUGAAAGACUUGGAGCAAUAUAUUUCUGUUUGUGGCGAUCAUCUUCAUUUCCAGUAUUUAUAUGUAACUAUGGAUAACAAAAUAAUUUGUGAAAGAACUUAACAUGGUAAUUAUAUAUUUUUAGAUCUUGGAGAGUUGAUUGCGUGAUCUCUCUGAGGAGUUGAACUCACAACGGGAAAGAUUGAAGUCUAAAAAAGUUGAUAGAGAAAAGGAGCUGUAAAGCUUGCUCAUGCAAAUUGAGAUGAAAAAUGUUUAAAUGAAAAAUGUACAUCAGGAUACUGACUCUCAGUUUGUGAUGUGGGUGGAUAAUAAACUUCAUGAAAAUGUCAUCAUUUAUGCUGCCCAGAGGACCCUUGAAGACACGAAGGGGAAAAAAGACGAAUACCAAAAAAAGUUCAAGCUUGUAAAGGGUAUAUUUGAACUGACCGUCGAUUUACAUGUAGAUCUUCAACUUCACAUUGAAAAUUAUAUUUCACGAAUCAAGGCACUAAUUGCGCCCAUCGAUGAAAACUUGGAACAAAUACAAGACAUCAUUGACGAACUUCAUUCUACUCAGAGUAUUAUAGUUACUGCUCGGUUGGAUGCCGUAACAUCCAUUGAAGAAGCAAAAGGUGGAUUAAAAUUUCUAUUUGGGAAGGCUUCUUUUUUUAAAACACAGGUUGCAACAACAGAUGCAAACUAUGACAAUUUUGUGCGUGAACACCAGACAUUGCGUAGGAAACUGGAACAAUAUGAACUUCAGUUGGCAGAAGAGUCUGAGGACAGUUCAUAAACACUGAAAGGUUCACCAGGAAAAGGGGUGUUGACGGUAUGUAACUCCCGACAACGAGAAGCUUCCUUUAUCGCUGAAUAUAAUACUUUAUUUAUACACAAUUUAAUUAUUUAAGAAUAAAUACAGAUGUGCAGAUGAUAAUACUUGGCUUUAGCCAC